ACACCUCUGAGGAUUUAAAAAUCCUGCGUCUCUGCACUCAUACACACACACACACACACACACGCUGCAGACAUGGACGGCGCUCUUCCCUCGCUGCACGCGCCCUUGCUGCUCCGCGCGCCGCGCCUUCUGGACCGCGCUCAGUAUCCUGCGCGGAGCCCGAAGUGCGCGCGCUGUAGGAACCACGGCGUCGUAUCGGCGCUCAAGGGCCACAAGCGCUUCUGCCGCUGGAGGGACUGCGCAUGCGCCAAAUGCGCGCUCAUCGCCGAGCGCCAGAGGGUCAUGGCGGCGCAGGUGGCGCUCCGCCGACAACAAGCGCACGAGGAGAGCGAAGCCCGACAGAUGCAGAUCCUCUACCCGGGGUCGGGGCUCAUGGAGAGAGGGGUCACCCCGAGCAACACCCCGGGGCUACACGCAGCCUUCACCACCGAGCACAGGAAGAACGGAGACCAUCUGAAAAAAUACAUGUUUAACGGCUUCAUGGUCAGCUCUCACUUGCGUCCGGUGACAUCUCCGGUGGCCAAGAUUGACCUCAGCACCGAGGUCAGUCCGACAGAGCCACUUCAGCUAAGUGGGAACCAGUCUCCCGGGUUUGACCGUCUGUCUGACCGCACUACAAGCCCGCGCUCUCUCUCCUCCUCAGAUCUGGAGUCAGGAAGCGAGUCGGAUAAACCAAAGGUCGAGGUGUCUGGAGACGUGGGGAGGCCAGUUUCCUCCGGUAGAGAGCACGAGCCUGCCGAGGUGCUGACAAAAAUCUUCCCUCAUGUCAAGCAGGAUGUGUUGGAGUCAGCUCUGAGCGCGUGCACAGGGGACAUCGUGAAGGCUAUCGAACUGCUUCUUGCCUCUAAAGAGGGACGGAGCGCAGACAAACCAGACACUCCGUUAACAGAGAACACGGUGGCGGCGGCACAGUGGCCUCACGUGCUCCACCUUCCAGCCUCGAAGUCCGCCUUCUCCCCACUCCAAUCCUCCGCCGUGAAACCUUUCGGAAAUGACGGCUUCUACGGGCUCAGUCCUUGUUUCGGGAUCAAUCCACUGCGUGUUGCAUAUUCCGGUUCCGGAGGCGCGUUACCGAGUUUUAUCUCUCCGUACCUGACAUCCGGACUGCUCCCUGCCAUGCCUCUGCGUGCGCCCGUCGAUUAUCCGUUUCCCACCAUGAUCCGGGAUUUGGCCUUUCAGAGCAAAGACACUCUCAGCGCCGCAUCUCUCUACUCAGGACACCGGAAGUGAUUAAUGCAGUCAUUUUAAUGUGGUGAUGCAGUUUUAUAUUCCUCCAGUUUUGUAGCCUAUAAAUGAUCCUCUCUUGCCUUGAAAUGUCAGAACCAUUCUAUUUUUGUACCUGGUCAUAUUUUUCUAGUUUUAUUUUUUGAGUAGCCUGAACUGUACAUAGCCUAUAUUUUCAUGUUUUGUAAAUAAACCCUACACUUGGA